GAGGCGGUUCCGGUUCCGACGGCAUGGCGCGGAGCACGCUCUCGUCCCGCUUCCGCCGCCUCGACAUCGAUCAGUACGACGAGAACCGGUUCGUGGAGGAGCCCGAAGAGGCGGCGGCGGCCGAGCCCGACGCGAGCCCCGAGGUGGAGGCGCUGCUGAGGCAGUAUCCUUCGGGCGGGUCCGGCCCGGCCCGCGCUGCCGUCGGGAGUCCCGGGAACGUUACCGGGGCGGGGGCGCGGCCUGCGGCUGCCCGGUGCCGCCCUCCGUACCGCCGCGGCCCCGUCCCGCGCCGCUACCGCCCGGCGGCCGCAGUUUCGGCUGCCGCUUCCCCCUGGCCCGGCGGCCUCCUCCUCCCCCCUCUCCGGGUCGCGCCGUGUCCGGGGCUCCCGGUGCCGCCGUUACUCCUUGACUCGCGCCGUAGAGGCGAAGCGCUGCGCGCGCUGCACGCGGCCCUGCGGAGCGCCCCCGCCCAGACGCGCAGCGCGGCCCUGAAGGAGCAGGCGCAGGGAACCAUGCUCAAAGUCCUCACGUCUUUUAAAAGCAGUGAAAUCGAACAAGCGGUGAACUCCUUAGACAGAAAUGGUAUUGACUUGUUAAUGAAGUAUAUUUAUAAAGGAUUUGAAAAGCCGACAGAAAAUAGCAGUGCAAUAUUACUCCAGUGGCAUGAAAAGGCAUUAGCAGUAGGUGGACUAGGUUCCAUAGUAAGAGUUCUUACAGCAAGAAAGACUGUUUAAAGACUAUUAAUUCCAACCAAGACAACCAUCGGUUUUGGACCCAGAAGAAGAAGUAGCUGAAAUGACGCUGGUCCUUCUUGAUUAGAGAUUGCAAUCUACUGAAAUACUAUGGAAACCUCCUCUUGGACUGCUUUUAACACUGAAGUGGGAAAAGAGUAAAGGUAUUCCUGUAUAUUCUGACUAUCACAUACAGGAGCCAAGACAUUCUCCUGAUUGCUUCUUUUAAGGCAGAGAGAAGGCAAACUCCUGCCUCCUACUACUGAAAGCGAGCAGGUAUUUUCAGAUGUCGCUUUAUCAAAGUGUGGUGAUCCAAGAUCCUGUCUGUACUGCUUAUUUAAGAGGGAGCUAUGGUCUUCACAGAUGCAAGGUUCUGACGGUUUAUGAAUGGGAGAAGGGUUUAUUAGCAAGAUGAUUUUGUAUAUAUGUGUGUGUGUAUAUAGAGAGAGACAGUCAGAGGACAGCUGGACCAUGGGGUUGGUUUCAUUGUAAAGUGCCUGCUGCAUCAAUAAAGUUCUUGGAUCAUACAA